GGCGUUGAUGCUCCUGGGUAGGAGCUUCUUCGUGUGGCAAUAUGCUCGUCAGAGUUGACGCUAAAUUACUUGUUGCACAAUGGAAUCGGUGAAAAUCGCGAUCGUGGGGGCUGGAAUUAUCGGUGUGACAGCCGCUGUUGCUGUUAAGGAGACUUUUUCGUGGUGUGAUGUUGUGAUUUUUAGUGAGGCAUUCAGUCCUGAUACCACUGGUGAUGGCAGUGCUGGACUCUGGGGCCCUUUUCUCUGUGGAGUCGAGGCACAGGAUAAUAUUGUGCGAUGGGGUGGUGGGACUCACCGAUGGCUUGAGGGUCUUUGGAAAUUGGGAUUGACACCCGAGACUGGAGUUCAGCUGUUGCCAGUGACCCGAGUUUCAAGUAUUCCAGGAUUCUAUGAAACGACGGAAUGGUUGCACUUGGUGCAUGGUCAUCGUCGCCUUGGUGAAACAGAAAUAGCGCAAUUGAAUGAGGAACACGGCGCUAAAUACUGCGACGGUCUUGAAUUUCUGACGUACACGAGCGAACCGACGAAACUUUUGCCCUGGCUAAUGAAUAAAUUUCGCUCAUUGGGUGGAACGAUGAGAACGAGGAAGAUCAAUAAACUGAGUGAAUUAGCUGAGGAGGGAUAUGGAAUUGUGAUAAACUGCAGUGGCCUUGGAGCCCGGGAACUCGUUGGGGACAUGACGGUUAAACCCAUCAGAGGUCAAGUUACUCGGGUUCAUGCACCCUGGUCCUUCCGAGUUAUACUUUGCGAUGACGACGACGGCAAUUACAUUAUUCCAAACAUUGACAGUGUUAUUCUCGGCGGGACUCACCAGGAAAACGACUACGACAGAAGUGUUCGUCCCCUGGAGUCGAAAUUCAUUCGCCAGGGAUGUGCGAGAAUCAUUCCAGCUUUGGAAGCCAGUGACACUAUCAUGGAGUGGGUGGGAUUGCGCCCCGUGAGGUCCACAAUUCGACUCGAGUCGGAAAUCUGCCAGAAAGGGAAUGGAGAGAAAUUCACAGUAAUACACAACUACGGACAUGGUGGAAGUGGAGUGACAUUUUCCUGGGGCUGUGCCCUGGAUGUUGUGGAGAUCCUAAAGAAAAUCCUGGAGAAUGGACCUAGACAUCAGUCUCGCCUGUAGUCGCGUGCAGCUCCAGUCUCUCCAGAUCAUUGUAAAUCUAAUGAAAACAGCGGGACUCAUGAGCACGUCGGAGCAAUUAUCCUGAGAACCCGAAAUUAUCGUCUCCAUUUAAAUAAAGUCUUCAUAAACAGUACGGGGCAGUACAUUGUCGCUGUUUGUUCAUGCACUCGUGCAAAGAGAGUUGGAAAUGAAAAAAAAUUAAAAAAAGGAAUAACAGCACGUAAUUAUAUUUAACAAAGAAACAUUAAGAACGGUAACUGGUACAGUGUGCACCUGCUAUUUUGGGUAUGAUGCCGUGAUUCUAGAAUAAUAAGAGGGGGUGUACGCGUAAUAACGUGGUCAUGGUCGUGACGUAGUCUAAUUAUAACGCCAUUUUUCACAAAUGUCUCUUAUAUAGUUCUCGGGUUCUAUUCAGUUUGCAUGCAAAUGCCGAGGGGGAUACACGUUACAAGGAUUAUAUCUGUACAAAGGAUAGCUAAAUAUUCCAUGUGUUUAUUCGUUUGCUCGAGUCAUCCAAUUAUUGUUGACAACACUUUAUGAUUCAUUUGAAUCAAUGAAGCAAGUAAACUAAUGCUUGAAAUUAAGAAUAAUGAAUGGCAAAUGAUGAAUAUUGAGUAGUUUUUAAUAAAAACUUUGUAAUCAU